AUGUCGUCAAAUAAUAGAAAGAAAUUGCUUCUGAUGGGCCGGUCUGGCUCAGGUAAAUCGUCAAUGAGGUCAAUCAUCUUUAGUAACUACUCUGCCUUUGACACCAGGAGACUGGGUGCCACUAUUGAUGUAGAACACUCCCAUCUAAGGUUUCUUGGGAACAUGACUUUAAAUCUGUGGGACUGUGGUGGUCAGGACGUGUUCAUGGAGAAUUACUUCACCAAGCAGAAAGACCACAUUUUUCAAAUGGUGCAGGUGUUAAUUCAUGUUUUUGAUGUAGAGUCGACUGAGGUGCUCAAGGAUAUCGAGAUAUUUGCGAAAGCCUUAAAGCAGUUGAGGAAAUACUCCCCGGACGCCAAAAUUUUUGUUCUUCUGCAUAAGAUGGAUCUGGUUCAGUUGGAUAAGAGAGAGGAGCUGUUCCAAAUCAUGAUGAAGAACCUGAGUGAAACCUCUUCGGAAUUCGGAUUUCCCAAUCUGAUAGGUUUUCCGACUUCGAUUUGGGAUGAAAGUUUAUACAAGGCAUGGUCGCAGAUUGUGUGUUCGCUAAUACCAAAUAUGUCUAACCAUCAAAGUAAUUUGAAAAAGUUCAAGGAAAUUAUGAACGCGCUUGAAAUUAUUCUUUUUGAAAGGACAACUUUCUUAGUGAUAUGCUCCAGUAAUGGCGAAAACAGCAAUGAGGAUCAUGAUAGUUCGGAAAAUAGUAAUGUCCUGCUAGACCCCAAGCGCUUCGAAAAGAUCUCCAAUAUAAUGAAAAACUUCAAGCAGAGUUGCACGAAAUUGAAGAGCGGAUUCAAGACUCUAAUAUUGAACAACAACAUCUACGUCAGCGAGUUAUCGUCGAAUAUGGUGUGUUUCAUAGUGUUGAAAGAUAUGAAUAUUCCACAAGAACUAGUAUUGGAAAAUAUCAAAAAGGCCAAAGAGUUUUUUCAAUGA